UGGCGUCCUCUGUCAGUAAAGUGACACGCUUUUGCUCCUUCUUCCCGGCUGCAGUAAGACAUCAUAUGUGUAACAACAGAAACGUGUUUUAUCGCUCCUGUUCAUCCGGUCAUGUUCGCCUCAAAUCAAGUCUUUAUGAACACAUUAAAGAGGGUUACAGUGAUAAACCCGACCUCGAUAUGCAGAGGAUCUGUCAGCACACUGAGCAGGUGAUCUCAGAGCUGGAGAACAGGAAAGGAGAUCUGAGAGCAGCUGAUGUUAGAGAUAUUAUCUCAACGUGGAAGCAGCUGCAGGUGGUCAGAAAGGAAAUACAGCAGUUUGAGGAACAGAAGAAAAUGAUCAGUGAGAAAGUUCGGACUCUUGUGGAGCAGCAUGACAAAAAAGUUCUAUCAGGUCUAAAGGAAUAUGGCUUAGCGAGAGAGGAGGGCAGAGAGAUCAGAGCGAGGUUGAGUCAGCUUUACCCACAGCAGACUGACCUGGAGCAGCAGCUUUUUUGCCGAGCUCUGAGGCUUCCUAACAAAACACAUCCAGAUGUGCCCAUUGGAGAUGAGAGCCAGGCGAGGGUGGUCGAACUAGUUGGACAGAAAGCAGAGUUCGGCUUCAAACCCAAAGGCCACCUUGAAAUAGGGGAAAGUCUGGACAUCAUCCGGCAAAGGCGCCUCGCUCAUGUAUCAGGUCAUAGGUCGUACUAUCUGAGAGGAGCAGGGGCUAGACUUCAAACCGCACUACAGAAUUUUGCACUGGACCUCCUCCAGAAAAAGGGUUUUAUCCAGAUGGUUGUUCCAGACAUGCUGAAAAGUGUUGUGUUUGAAGGUUGUGGGAUGCAGCCUCACGCUCACCGCUCGCAGGUUUACUCUCUGGAUUCAAACCGCUUCCCCGACCUUAAUCUCGCCGGCACGGGAGAAGUCGGUAUAGCAGGAUAUUUUAUGGACCACGCUGUAAAUUUGAAAGACAUGCCUGUCAGGACAAUGUGCAGUAGCACCUGUUACAGAGCAGAAACCGAUACCGGCAGAGAGACAUGGGGACUCUACAGGGUUCAUCACUUCAACAAGGUGGAGAUGUUCGGUGUAACAGCAGAUGACACUGGAGAGGAGAGUUCACAGCUGUUGGAUGAGUUUGUAUCAUUGCAGAAGGAGAUUUUCUCCUCCCUCAAGCUUCAUUUCAGGGUUUUAGACAUGCCAACUCAAGAGCUGGGAGCACCAGCCUUCAGAAAGUAUGAUAUCGAAGCAUGGAUGCCAGGCCGCGGAAGAUAUGGCGAGAUCUCCAGCGCAUCAAACUGCACAGACUACCAAAGCCGACGGCUUAAUGUCCUGUACGAAGGAAACGAUGGCAGUCUGAAGUACGCUCACACUGUAAACGCUACAGCAUGUGCUAUUCCUCGCACCAUUAUUGCCAUUUUGGAGACUCAUCAGACAAAGGAGGGAACGGUACGUGUUCCAGAGGUCUUGCAGCCGUACCUCGGCUUGGAGGUGAUCGAAAAGCCCAAAUGCACUCCCCUUAAAUACAUCGGACCAAAUCAACCCAACCGUCCAUCUCUCUCCAUAUCUGAAAGCUCCCAAAACUCCCAAUGAUGUCCAAAUCCACAGUGGAACUCUUAAAUGUCAUAAUAAGUCAUUUUUUGAAUCAGGUAGUUCUGAUCCACAUAGCUAAACAGAUAGCUCAAUAUGAACUGUGUCACUGCUGCCUUACCUGAGUAAUGUGUGGUCAUUCAAUAAAGAAAUGUAUUUACUGCAAACAUGGGAAAA